UUGUUCCACCAUGGGCAGCCUUGCUGAAGCAAACACCAACUUCGCUGUGGACCUCUUAAAAAGGAUGGAAGAAGAGCAACCCAAGAACAUCUUUUUCUCUCCAUUUAGUCUCUCAGCAGCUUUAGCUAUGACCUCUUUGGGUGCCAAAGGUAACACUGCUGCUGAAAUGGAAAAGGUCCUUCAUUUUAACAAAAUCACAGGAUCGAUGACGUCUCCAAGCUUGCCUGCUCAGUGUGACAAACCUGGUGGACCACACAACCAGUUCAAGGAACUCCUA